AUGGUCAAACCUGGAGGUGUGCCCUCUAAAAUUAGGGAAAGUACAAGGUUUUACCCUUAUUUUAAGGAUUGCAUUGGUGCUAUUGAUGGAACUCACAUUCCAACCAUGGUAAAAGGUCGAGAAGUAAGCAGCUAUCGUAACCGUCAUGGUAUUCAAUCUCAAAAUGUUUUGGCUGCUUGCAAUUUCGAUUUGGAAUUCAUAUACGUGCUUAGUGGGUGGGAAGGUUUGGCACAUGAUUCAAAAUUGCUAAAUGAUGCCUUAUCAAGAAGAAAUGGAAUUGAAGUGCCUCAAGAAGAUGAUCAGUCUUCAUCAUAUCUAGACAUGGAAGAUGAAAAUCUUGAACUACUUUCUCAAAGCCAACAACAACAAAGAGCGGAAGCUAAUGCUUGGAGAAUUAGCAUUGCUGAUGCUAUGUGGAAUGAUAGGCCGUGGAAUGAUGACAAUGGAAAUCAAGAGGAUAACAAUGAGGAUCAAGACAAUGACAAUGAGAAUAAUGAGGAACACAUAAAUGAUGAGAAUCAGGAGGUUUACGAUGAUAAUGAGGUUGGAAUGGAGGAGUAUGCAUCAUUCUAAUGUACUUCUAUA